ACCAUAAUAUUUUGUUGUCACCUGUGUUGAAACGGAUAAGGUGUUCGGUAGAACAUUGUGCCGGCGUUGUUCCGGAAUGAUGUUAAGCAGUUAGUACGAAUAAUCAAAGAUCUCUUGAACAAAACUCCCACUCUCAUGCUGGGAAUGUAUUCACUGCGGCAUCGGUUUGUAGCGCUUGGUCGAUGUUGGGAGCGGGAGUACCAUGCGUUACCGAAAAAGGCCACCACAUCCACAAGGCAGCAGGUCACCGAAAACCGGCUGCUGGUGCGUCAGCUAGAGGCGAACCUCAUCCGGCCGGGCGUCCUAUCAAGCGGAUUGUUUUGGGAGCGCCAUCGCAAAGGUGGCUACGAGAAAGAACUGCGUGUUUCGACGAAGGAAUCAAUCAUUAACGGGCUGAAGGAGCUGCGCACGGAGUUUGCUUUGUUUCAGCAGGAGUGGAAAGAGAAGCUGGAAAGCGAUCCGUUUGUAGUGUUCCGACCGGGUGAGAUCGAUGUGGUGUUUGGAUUUGAAAAGCAAACCGAUCUGGACCGCUGGGUCGUAACGACGGACAAGGACCAUGGUCAGGGAUAUUCGCAGGCAUCGCUCGAACUAAGCCCGGCUGGAUACGGAUUGUUUCAUGGCACCCUAGAAUCGCGUGUGCCUAAAGAUGGCCGAAUCAAACGGGCUGGUUACGCUAAUAUCAAAAGUCUACGCGUAAGGAAGUCAUUUAAACGGGACGCAUUCUACGACUGGAACCAGUAUAAUACGCUCGUGUUGAAGGUACGCGGUGAUGGACGCUCCUAUCUAAUCAACCUAACUGCGGAAGGUUACUACGAUAUACUCUGGAACGAUAUCUACCACUACGUGCUGUACACGCGCGGUGGACCACAUUGGCAGGUGGCAAAAAUUCCAUUUUCCAAGUUUUUUCUCGCUUCAAAGGGCCGAGUGCAGGACCAGCAGGGUCCAGUACCACUCAAUCGAAUCACAAAUGUGGGCUUCUCCGUCGGUUCGCGCGGUGGUCACGAAGGUAGCUUUCGUCUGGAACUCGAUUUUAUCGGUUUGGAGUUUGAUCCUUCACAUCAGGAAGAGUUCGCAUAUGAAAUGUACCGCCAACCGAAGUAUAUUGUGGCAACGUAG